AUGGCUGGAUCUAACGAUAUCUUUUUCUCUGGGAGCGAGGAGACGAGACGAGUAGUUGAAUCCCCGGAGGAUACGAUUAUGUCCGGAGCACACAGUGAGGAAGACAGAGAGGAGCUCCGGCGUGAACCCGAGGAGCCCCAGGAACCGGAACCCGAGGAACCAAAUGAACCAAACGAACCCGGGGGACAACAGGGUGCCGAGAGCAGCUACGGCUUUAGCUCAAUCCCGACAGACAUAUAUGGGUUUGAUUUCCUGGGAGAGGGGCGCCCCAUAGAGCCACUCGAGAAUCAGGUUGGUCAACCAAGUGAUCCAAGGGGCAUGGCCUUUGUCGGCUUCCAGCACUCAUUUGGGUAUAAUGCUCUAAAACUGCUGGACCCAAAUCAUCCUUUAUCACAGCAGCACCCUCAAAUCAGCCGAGUCUUCAGGGCUCGGCUCAAGGCAGUCUUCGAUAAGCGUGGUCGCCGGAAUUUCUCUUUGUGUGAAUGUCAUGGGGGAUCAUGGCUUGAUACCGCGGGCCAUGACGAGAAAUUUCAAGCUUCAUUUAGUGCCCUGUACCAGGAAAUGAAGAGAAUCCCUUACACCCAGCGUACGACCGCCAAGAUUCGCGUUCUAUGCCCGAGUCUUUUGGAAAGAAUUAGGAUCUACGGAAUCCUAGGUCAAGGAACUUAUGGAAUCGCGUUCGUUGCGCGAGAGUGGAGUGGUGCAGCCGAUCGCUCCACAAACCCUGAGCAAUAUGCAAUCAAAGGUCAAGCACAUAAGACUGUGGUAAACGAAUUGUUGAUUAACCGCGCCUUCCCCGAGAUGAACCGUUUUGUGGAGCCUACCGGAGAGGAACAUUUUAUUCCAGCGGAAGCAAUUGCAUUAAUCUAUCUCAAUAACAGUGACAGAUUCCCCACCAUCGACUCAAUCUACGUCCACGGCCUCCAAUGGGCGUUGGUGAUGCGAGCUUGCAUCGACGAUUUUCCAGAGGGAAGAGCUAAGAUUCCCGAGCAAGAUUCGUUUCUGCACGACGUUGAGGGAGUUCUCAGGUACCGGUUGCCCAGCUUUCCGCCGUUCACAGGUAAAUGGCUCACCAACAACGACCACAAUGUCGUAGUAAGUGAAAUGGAGGGUUGCAAGAUUGCAAGCCAAUUUCUGGAAGGUUUAGUUCAACUAAAUGAUAUCAGGAUAUGCCAUGGCGACCUUUCGGUGAACAACUACCUUGUGGACCAAGACCUAAACGUUCAAUUGAUUGACCUAGGACUCAUGACCUUCUCGCCCACUGACGAGGGCUUCCAGUACACAGUUGACGGCGUGAUCCCCUUUCAAGAAUACGAAAUGAGGCCCGAGUUAGCCGCAGAGUAUCUGAAAUUUGACCGACUCAGAGAUCUUGGUGCUUCAGACGUUAUGCCAAGAGAGCUCUACCUGCCCAAUGACAAAAGGGACGUCGCCUUGUGGAAGUUUUCAACACUCGCCUACGGCUUCUUGCAUGGAUACUGGCCCUGGGAACUGCAAAAUCUUUCCCAAAACUGGCAUGGGAAUUGGGACGGUGAUUAUACGAACGAGCAUUACCCUGAGGUCAAAAAUAGACGCAAGAGAAUGGUCAACGAGGAUGUAACAAUAAGCGAAAACCUCUCACAGGACUGUCAGGAUAUGUUACAAGCUACGCUGGCUAGGAAUUUAGAGGACCGGCCAAUCCUACAAGAGUUGACCUCGUUCCUUUGGUUUUCCGAGUGGACCGCCGCAGAAGUUGAGUCUGGUCGACCUCUAAAACGACCUCGAGUUGCCACCUAUGCAAAAGCACAGCAAGGCGGCGGCCGCCUGGUCCGUCGAUCCGACAUUUAUGGCGGCAAAAAUACCUAG